GCGAUCAGUUUAGAAAUAGGAAAAACUUACGCGAUUUGUUUUGGGAUUUCCCGCGUUGUCUCGUUCGAUUUUGGCAGCAAGCCCAACUGACAAAACUGGACCUAGUACAAUUUGUGUGUCCGCUCGUGUGUGUGUGCGUGCGUGUGUAUGUAAACUGCCGGAAGCGCAAUAAAAAACUGCGAGUGACAGCGCAGUGUUAGAUGAAAAGGCACAUCAAACUGAAAUCAAUCUACAAAUGUCUGCCACAAUGAAGCCACAACAACUGCCCAGCAGCAGCAGCAGCACACAAGAGGAGAAGACAGCAGCCACAAUGCUGGGCAAGCUAUAUGAUGAUAAUGUCUGCUAUGACGCCUAUAUGUCGCCGCCACUGAGUGCACAAUUUGAGGCGCCCAAGGCGAGCAGCGCACUAGACAAUUACUACAUCAAGUCGGAGCUGAGCUGUGCGGAGCUGCAGUUUCCAGACUUUUCACACUUGUGCUUUGACAGCGGCGCGGCAGCGGCAGAGACACCCAAUUCGGCUGCAUUAACAACGCUGCAGGAUCAGGAUGAUAUCGUAUGCGCCAGCGCCAGUGAGCAGUCAGGCAUGCCGCUCUAUCAGCAGGGGCAGUACACACAGCUGAAUCGCGAGGAUGUGUUUCGCUUUGAGCCCGAGGACAUUGCGCGUCUCACCAGCGAUGCGGGUCCUGCCUAUGCGGAGCUGGCAAGCAUCUUGCAAACACCACAAACACCAUACACACCUUGUCAGCAGCAGCAGCAGACAGCAGCAGCAGCAGCUGUUGUCGCUUCAACACAAAUGGAGUUAAGCUCAAGCUUAAAUCAGGAUAUUGAUUACUUUAAUUAUGACGAGGUUAAUUGUCAAUCAAAAAAUCAAUCACCCUGCUCAUCACCACAUCUGGAUGCCUGGCUAAACUUUAGUCUAAGCGAACUAUCGUCGAGCAACAAAACUUCACCCAAAUUAUGUAAUCUAUACGAGCAGCAGUAUAUUAAAACAGAAUCCAGCAGCAGCACCAAGCUGCCGUCGAUGAACUCCGCGUUUGGCGCCGCUUAUGCGAAUCUCUAUGAACAGCAGUGUGCUGAUGUUAAGGACUUUGCCUGCGAGAAUUAUGCGCACAAUAUAGCGCAAUAUAUUGAAAAGCCCAAUCGUGAGCAUAAAGUUAUUUGGUCUAUUGAUGAGCUGGAUGAGCUGAAUGAGGCUUUAAUGCAAACGCAGCAGCAGCAGCAGCCAAAGCUCGACAAUAAUUCAGCUAAUUAUGCUCAGUGCUAUGCCGCGACGGCGGAGCAGCUACAAAGUGGCAGCAAUAGCGAUAAUGAUAACGAUAACGACAACGAUGAUGACGAAGAGGAGGAUAAUGACCUGGAUGAUGUCUUUGCCAUCACAACCGAUUGUCGCCGUCUGCCUACGAGCGAGUGUCAUGUCGACAUUGCCGACUUGGAGCUGGAGCCCGCAUUGCCGCUUAUUUGCCGCUGGACUGGCUGCGAUUUGGAGUUUGCCACCCAGCAGCUCUUUGUGGAGCACAUUGAAAAGUGUCACGUCGAUGUGCGCAAGGGUGAGGAGUUCUCCUGCUUCUGGAUUGACUGUCCGCGGCGCUAUAAGCCGUUCAAUGCGCGCUAUAAGCUGCUCAUACAUAUGCGCGUGCAUAGCGGCGAGAAGCCCAAUAAAUGUCCGUUUCCGAGCUGCAAUAAAGCAUUUUCGCGUCUGGAAAAUUUGAAAAUUCAUCAACGCUCGCACACGGGCGAACGGCCUUAUGGCUGUCAAUAUAAAGGUUGCCUCAAAGCAUUCAGCAAUAGCUCGGAUCGUGCAAAGCAUCAAAGGACGCACUAUGAUACGUUAGAGCUACGCCGUAUACUAUAUGCGACCCGCUAUGACCUGCGCCGGCGGGCGGUGGCUGGCGAGCAAGCAAACUGCGGCGGUCCGUCCCAGCUCCUAGCGACCUCGAUCAAGCAAUCCGCGGGAGCUUGGUGCGGACAGCGGAAUAGCAGACCCGAGACGGCGCGGGGCUCACUCGCGGCUGCGCCUGCACACCCGAAAGAGGCGCGCGCCACAACGGCGGAGACACUCGGGCGAAUACAAGGGUAUGCGCUCAGGUGCGAUCGCCGCGGUUUCUCUCUCGCCACAGCUCGCUGCUGUGCGCAGGUUCAGCGCUGCAUCUGGAAUGCGGCGGAGCAACGCCGGCAGCGUAGCAAGCUGCAGUGA